AUGGCUGUUUUGCGUAUCGUGAGCCUUUGCAUGCUGCUGUGCUGCAGCGAGGCAAUGUUUAAAAAAGACAUGAGGACUGUCAUGGAGGAGGAGUGGCCAGACAUGAAGCACCUGGGCGACGUGGUGUCACAGGCCACCGACAAGGCCAAGGCCAUCGUGCAUCAGGGGCAGGAGGCUGUUGAGGGCAUCAAGGACCUGGCGCUGGACACCUUUGAAGCCGCCGCUGCGAAAGUGAAUCAAAGCCUGAAAGUGGUGGGUCAAGAGGUGAGGGAUAUGAACACCACGGCCAUGAAGGAGAUCAUCUCCUUAGACGAUAAGGUCAAGUCUGCCAAGAACAAGGCGGCCACUUUUGCGGCUGGUACCAGUGCUGUGCUUGAACAAAUCCAACCCAUCUUCGAACAGUUUCUGGAGCAAUUGCAUUCAGUCACCAAGAUGGCAACGGAUGCCCUGAACAGCAUCAGCCAGGAGAAAGCCGUGAUGUCCCUCGACAAGGCCAUGGAUAAGGUCUUCGCCACGGCCUCGUCGUGGAAGUUUGCCAUGCAGGAUCUGGCUGAGAAGCUUCAGCAGAUGAAUGAGAGCCUUUCCGGCUACACACCUGAAGAAAAGGUUGAACGUCCCGGCGCCGCCCGACGUCAUGAGCGGCAAGCAGAUCGGCAGGCCAGCCGUGCCGACUCCAACUUGACCAACUCGACGGAGCCUAAGCCUACGGUGGCUGCAUUGGUGCAGUCCAUGGCCAUGGAUCCAGUGGAGGAACUCUCCAAGACAUUGAAGGGUCCAAUGAAAGAGCUGAAGUCGGCUGCCGCGAAGCUGAACGACAUGGCAGAGGAGGUCACUGGAGCCAUGGGAAGCUUCGUGGAUGGCGCCUUGGAGGCCGCGAAGUCGAAGCUUCCCAAGUCCCUCAUGGCCAAUGUGACGGAGGUGCUGAAGGGCGUACAGCACGAGGCAAUGCAGGAGCUGGAGCCUUUGGGAGAGGUGGGUCAGAGCAUUGUCAGUGGCCUCAAAAAGGCCGGAACGGAUGCUGGUUUGGACUUCGACUCCGGGGUGGCUGCGCGCUUGCCCUUGACUGUCAUGGAGGAAGAGUGGCCAGACAUGAAGCACCUGGGCGACGUGGUGUCACAGGCCACCGACAAGGCGAAGGCCAUCGUGCAUCAGGGGCAGGAAGCUGUUGAGGGCAUCAAGGACAUGGCGCUAGACACCUUUGAAGCCGCUGCUGCGAAAGUGAAUCAAAGCUUGAAAGUGGUGGGCCAAGAGGUGAAGGAUAUGAACACCACGGCUAUGAAGGAGAUCAUCUCCUUGGAUGAGAAGGUCAAAUUGGCCAAGAAUAAGGCCGCCACUUUUGCAGCCGGCACCAGUGGAGUUCUCGAACAAAUCCAACCCAUCUUCGAACAGUUUCUGGAGCAAUUGCGUUCAGUCACCAAGAUGGCAACGGAUGCCCUGAACAGCAUCAGCCAGGAGAAAGCCGUGAUGUCCCUCGACAAGGCCAUGGAUAAGGUCUUCACCACGGCCUCGUCUUGGAAGUUUGCCAUGCAGGAUCUGGCUGAGAAGCUGCAGCAGAUGAAUGAGAGCCUUUCCGGCUACACACCUGAAGCACAUGUUGAACGUCCCGGCGCCGCCGAACGUCACAAGCGGCAAGCAGCUCGGCAGGGCAGCCGUGCCGACUCCAAUUUGACCAACUCGACUGAGUCUGAAGAGGUGGCUCCUUUGCUGUCCAUGGAUCCAGUGGAGGAACUUUCAAAGACGCUCAAGGGUCCAAUGAAAGAGCUGAAGUCGGCUGCCGCGAAGCUGAACGACAUGGCAGAGGAGGUCACUGGAGCCAUGGGAAGCUUCGUGGAUGGCGCCUUGGAGGCUGCAGAGUCGAAGCUUCCCAAGUCCCUCAUGGCCAAUGUGACGGAGGUGCUCAAGGGCGUACAGCACGAGGCAAUGCAGGAGCUGGAGCCUCUGGGAGAGGUGGGCCGGAGCAUUGUGGGUGGACUGUACAAGGCUGGAACUGAUGCUGGUUUGGACUUCGACUCCGGGGUGGCUGCGCGCUUGCCCUUGACUCUCCUCAUGGGCUUGGCCAUGGCAUUCAUCGGCUUCGCUUGA